AUGAGAGUUCUCCUUCAGGGAGCGGGUCUCUGGCCAUACGUUGUGGCUAAGACAGAUAGUGUCACCAAGGAUGGUACUGCUGAGCAACAGAAGGCAGGGACGAUCAUUGCGACAGCUCUUGGUGAUGAAGUCAUCAGUAGACUGGCAUUUGAGGACUUCGAGGACGGGAGAGCGGUUCAAGAGCAGCUUUCAUUAUCUUCAAAGUGUGAUCUUAUGAACCAACUCCACGUGACUUUUGAAAUACUCCAACUUUUCGAGAACGAGCCCUUGCGACUUGCAUAUUGGGUGAAAACACUCUAUCUUAGCCUCCAGGUCUCGUCCUUUAAGGUGAAUGUUUUCAACAUGAUUCAUCAUCGUCGCAGGGCAGCAAAAUUCACCUAUCCUCUGUUUGUAGCUCUUCGAUUCAUCCCCGAUGCAGAAUGGGCACUGCUUCUUGCUGCAAUCAAGGGGGAAAAUGGGAUCGAGGGGCCCGGGCUCAGGGGACUCUUCUUUGAAGAUACUUGGAGGAAUGCCGACGUGAAGACAGUAUCGUGA